AUGUCCCAAACACCAGAAACUCUCCAUUACCCUCCCCAACUCAGAGAUUUUCUAGCCUUUCCAAAUAUAAAACUCCCUGAUACUUUCUCAACUUUCAUGAAAAGUCUUCUAGCCAUCUGUGCAAUUGCUUCAAUCUCUCUCAUCUCUUACUCUACAUUCUCAAACCACUCACAGUGGCUCAAUCGUUCAGAAUGUGAACAAACCUUCACACGUUCAAGCUAUGAGGAUUAUUAUGUAUUGGACCAUGAAGAAACCAAUAUUUCACAUAUACUCUUUGGGAUUGGAGGCUCAGCCAAGACAUGGAAUGAUCGUCAGCAUUACUGUGAAUCAUGGUGGAAACCUAAUGUCACUCGAGGUUUUAUGUGGCUCAACGAAAAGCCGGCCAAUAACACAAGGUGGCCGGAAACAUCCCCACCUUAUAGGAUCUCCGAGGACUCAUCGAGGUUCAGGUACACGAGCUGGUAUGGUUCGAGGUCCACCGUACGCAUUGCACGCGUAAUAAAGGAGAGUUUUCAACUAGGGUUACAAAAUGUGAGGUGGUUCGUGUUGGGUGACGAUGAUACAGUGUUUUUUACCGAGAAUUUGGUCACGGUUUUGGCUAAGUAUGACCAUAAUCAGAUGUAUUAUAUUGGUGGGAAUUCGGAGAGCGUUGAACAAGAUGUGAUACAUUCUUAUACUAUGGCCUAUGGUGGUGGUGGGUUCGCCAUUAGUUACCCCUUAGCCGCUGAGCUUGUUAGGGUUCUUGAUGGGUGCAUUGAUCGAUAUGCAUCUUUGUACGGAUCUGAUCAGAAGAUUGGAGGUUGCAUAAGCGAGAUUGGUGUACCGGUCACUAAGGAGCUCGGUUUUCAUCAGGUAGACAUACGAGGGGACCCAUUUGGAUUACUAGCAGCACACCCAGUGGCACCAUUAGUGUCACUCCACCACCUAGACUAUGUGGAGCCAAUGUUUCCCGGAUUGACCCGUAUCAACUCCCUCAAGAAGCUAGUCCAAGCCUACAAAAUGGACCCGGGUCGGGCCCUGCAGCAUACUUUCUGCUACGACCUAAAGAGGAACUGGUCCAUUUCAGUUUCGUGGGGCUACACCGUGCAGUUGUACCCAUCAUUGGUCACAGCCAAGGUGUUGGCAACUCCAAUUCAAACGUUUGUGACGUGGAGGAGUUGGAGUCAGGAUCCAUUCACAUUCAAUACCCGGCACAUGAGCGAGGACCCGUGCGAAAGGCCAGUGAUUUAUUUAGUUGACCGAGUUGUGGAGGUUGGAACGGGUCAGACCCAGAGCAUGUACAAGAGGACUGUGGAUGAGAAAGGAAAGCAAUGUGGUGAGAAAAAGUAUCUGCCAGCAUUUUCUGUUCAGUAUUUCAAUGUCUCAGCGGCAGUGUUCGAGGCUGACUUGUGGAAGAAGGCACCACGAAGACAGUGCUGUGAGGUCGUCAAUGGUGAUCAUGGGGUGGUGGGCGGUGUCUUACAAGUCAAGAUCAGAGGCUGCAAUCGGUGGGAAACUGUAACACCGCCGUAG